AUGGUGACAAUUUGGGUGUUGGUAUUAAUGCUGUUGGUUCAAUCAGUGUGCAUUGCUCCUAUUGCUAAAUGCACCAGCGGUAGCCCUCUUCCUAUUCUUCACAAGUAUCAUCACUCAGGAGAUGUCCUUAUUGCUGGCAUUAUUUCACAGAUUUACAUAUUUUCCAAUCCAAUAAGAUUUGAAAAACAUCCAUCUCAGGAACUGUUCAAUGAGCUUGUCCGUUUCACUGCAAACUGGACGUAUCGCGUCUCUAUGGAACUUCUUUACAGACAAAGAAGAUUCAUCCCUAACUACAGGUGUGGCUUCCAGAACAAUCCAAUAGCAGUCAUUGGAGGGCCUAACUCCAAUGUAUGCUUCAACAUGGCAACAAUCUUGUGCAUCUACAAGAUUCCACAACUCAUAUAUGGCUCUGCUCCAGUGAUGAAUAACAAAAAAGAAGCUGUACUGUUCCACAGGUUAUUCCCACAUGGAGCUCUUCAGUAUAAAGGAAUUCUCCAGUUAUUGCUUCAUUUCCAGUGGAUCUGGAUUGGAGUGAUUUCUCAGGAUGAUGACAAUACAGAGAGAUUUAUAGAGAAUGUUCUUCCACAGUUUGCACUCAGUGGCAUCUGCUUUGAUUUCAUAGAAAGGUUCCCAAAACUCACUUUUUCCAGCGAGUUUGAUGAAAUGGUAGGAAAGGGGUUUGAAUCAUUUGUUGUUAUUGGAAGAAGCACAGCCAAUGUUGUGGUUGUGCAUGGUGAAAUUCAGACCAUGAUGGUUUUCAGAAUGUUGCUAUCAUUUCCUACAUUUGAAGAUAUACCUGUAAAGACAAAACUCUGGAUUAUGACAGCCCAGAUGGAUUUCACAUCACAUGCCAUUCAAAGAAGCUGGGACAUAGAUUUCCUCCAUGGUGCUUUAUCGAUCACAAUGCACUCCAAGGAUAUGUUCAAAUUCCAUAAAUUUCUUCAGGUCAGAAAACCAACCUCAGAAAAAGAAGAUGGCUUUAUCAGGGUCUUCUGGCAAGAGACAUUUAACUGUUUGUUCCCCAGUUCCACGGAAGACAAAAUGAACAGGGACAUCUGCACUGGGAAGGAGAAGCUGGAGGCUCUUCCUGGGUCUGUUUUUGAAAUGAGCAUGACUGGCCACAGCUACAGUGUCUACAAUGCUGUCUAUGCUGUGGCACAUUCUUUGCAAGCCAUGUUUUCAUCCCAAUUCAAACCCAGAGCAAUGGUGGAUGGAGGGAGAGGGAAGCAACUGAAUCAACAGCCAUGGCAGCUUCACCAGUUUUUGAGAAGUGCCUCAUUUAACAACAGUGCUGGGGAAGAAGUUUCCUUCAACCAAAAUGGGGAAUUAGUAGCUGGAUUCGAUAUUAUAAAUUGGGUUACAUUCCCAAACCAGUCCUUCCUUAGAGUCAAAGUUGGAAGAACAGAAUCACAGGCUCCUACAGACAAAGUUUUCAUUAUUUGUGAGGAAAGCAUCAUAUGGCCUAGCAGGUUUAACCAGGUGCGCCCUCUUUCAUUGUGCAAUGAAAAUUGCCAUCCUGGUUAUAGAAGAACCAAGAAGGAAGGGAAGCCAUUUUGCUGUUAUGAUUGCCUUCCAUGUCCAGAUGGGAAAAUUUCAAACCAAAUAGACAUGAAUGACUGUUUUGAAUGCCAAGAAGAUCAAUAUCCAAACAAGGACCGAGAUUUAUGUGUUCCCAAAGACGUAAGCUUCCUGGCUUAUGGAGAACCACUUGGGAUCACUUUGGCUAUUUUUGCUCUUUCAUGUUCUUUCAUCACAGCUUGGGUUCUCGGGAUCUUCAUUAAGCAUAAGGACACUCCCGUAGUCAGAGCCAACAACCGGAACCUCACCUACACUCUUCUCAUCUCCCUCCUGCUCUCCUUCCUUUGUGCUUUGUUGUUCAUUGGCAGACCUCAGAAGGUGACCUGUCUUCUUCGGCAACCUGCUUUUGGCAUCAUCUUCUCGGUGGCUGUUUCUUCUGUGUUGGCCAAAACCAUCAUUGUGGUUCUCGCUUUCAUGGCCACCAAGCCAGAAUCAUGGAUGAGGAAAUGGGUGGGGAAACAACUAACUUACUCCAUUGUUCUUUCAUGCUCCAUUAUUCAAGCCACUAUUUGUACUGUGUGGCUAACAACCACACCCCCAUUCCCAAAUGUUGACAUGCAUUCAGUGACUGAAGAAAUUGUACUGGAGUGUAAUGAAGGCUCAGCUACCAUGUUUUACUGUGUCUUGGGCUUUAUGGGUUUCCUGGCCACUGUUAGCUUCACUCUGGCUUUUCUAGCCAGGAAGUUACCUGACAGUUUUAAUGAAGCCAAAUUUAUCACCUUCAGCAUGUUACUCUUCUGUAGCGUGUGGCUGUCUUUUAUUCCCAGCUACCUGAGUACCAAAGGAAAAUAUAUGGUGGCUGUGGAGAUCUUCUCCAUCUUGACCUCCAGUGCUGGUUUACUGGGCUGCAUCUUUUCUCCCAAAUGCUACAUCAUUACACUGAGACCUGAACUGAAUAAGAGAGGGCAACUCAUGAGAAGAAAGCAUUAA